AUGCCACACAAGGGGCAUUCAGGAGUGAAUCAACUUGGUGGUUUAUUCGUUAAUGGUCGACCUCUACCAGAUGGUACCAGACAGAAAAUUGUUGAAUUAGCUCAUCAGGGCAUGAGACCAUGUGACAUAUCCAGGUGUUUACAAGUAUCUAACGGAUGUGUAUCAAAAAUUCUCGCACGAUACUAUGAAACGGGUAGUAUUAAACCACGAGCUAUUGGUGGUUCAAAGCCACGUGUUGCUACACCCGAAGUUGUACAAAAAAUUGCUCAAUAUAAACGUGAAACACCUAGCAUAUUUGCAUGGGAAAUUCGAGAUCGUUUACUCGGUGAUCAAGUUUGUACACAAGACAAUAUUCCCAGUGUAUCAUCUAUCAAUCGAGUGCUUCGUAAUCUCGGUUCAAAAUCAAUAGAUCCAAUGAAUCAUGAAACAUAUUAUUCUGUGGACAGUAAACUUCACGUAUUACAUUCACAACCGUGGGGAUCAUCAUCAUUCUAUGUUCAUCCAGGAUCCGCAUCAACUCAACAUUUAUUACAUCAAUCAUAUUCGAAUAGCAGUGAUUCAAAUGACUAUAAACACAAUGAUAGACACUCACAAGAUCUAGGAGGUAUUUAUACAACUGAUAUAUAUUUCAUUUUCACAAGAAAAGAUCACUAG